UCGCAUCUCUCAGUAAGCGACUGUAUGAUUAGAACAUAUUAAGGAGAUGGUAGCGCUGCAUUGCUCGCGCUGUUGCGCCCUGAGUUUGUAGGUGUCGAAUGCCGUUCGCACAUUGGCGCCUCAAUGGAUGGCAUUCACACGAUGGUAGGUUGAUCGCCAUGUUCAUCUUUCAAGGCACUUUUCUCCUCCUCGUUCCAGCUUCUUGUCAACGGUCCGAUCAGAGCAUUUCGUUCCGCUGUCGACAAAUCAGUUCCCGUGGUAGUCUAUCCAUGCACGUUGUGUUACUGUAUGCGACUACAAGGAGCUGGCCUACCCUUCCCAUAUCGUCGUGCCUUCUCAUGAGAUCUUGGCGAUUACUCUUUCUUGAGGUCACGAUAUCCGUCCUUAAAGUCGCCGUACUCUUUCUUGACGUCCUCAUACUCUUCUCUGAGCUCAUCAAGCACGUCCAAGCGUCCAUCUUCCAACGCGCUCACAGCUCGAUGUAAAGUAGCCACAAGCCAUUCCCAAAUGCUCUACUUCUUUCUUCAUCUCUCUAGCCGUU